GCGGGGGCCGGGCGCGGUUGCUAGGAGACGGCGCCCGGGCGGCGGCGUUGGCCCGGCUGAGGCGCAGGCAGGGAUGAGGUGGAGGCAGCGGCCCCCGGGCCCCCGCCGGCGCUGAGCGCCCCCCCUUCUCCUCUCGCACCUUCCCCAUCCCGUUCCGCCCUGGCGUUGCUCCUCCGCCAUCCCCCUCUUCUCCUCCUCUACCCUCGCUCCGGCCUGCCCUCCCCCCUCCAUGAGGCGGGAGCGGCCAGAGUGGGGCCCGUGCCGCGGCCGCGCCGAGCCCCGCCGUCCCUCGCUUCUGCGCUGCCAGCGCCCGCAGGGAACCGCGGGCGACAUCUGCAGCGACUACAGCGGGAACUUCAUGUCGGUGUUGUUUAUGCCAGAACAUAGUAAGCAAGGCAAAUUAAAUCCCACCUCGUGGAAACUUUUACUUGGCCAACAUGAUGCAGUUGAGUAUGAAUUCCAGGUGGCUUUGGAAAUGAAAGAGAACUGAGCUCUCUGGCUGGAAGCUGAACGUGAUGACGGCCUGGUCUAUGGUAGGAAAGCUGAAAAUGGAGAAGAGGCACUCCAGAGAAGACAGAAACGUGGAACAAGAUGCUGGAGAAUGCAGUGCUGAAUCUGAGGAAUGGACGAGCUCAGAAAGUGAACCUGAGCAACCAUACUUCAGGAGCAGCUGUAGCAAUACUCAGUGGAGAGAAAAGGAGGUUUCCACUAAACCACAUCGGCCACUCUGUCGGUCUCCUUGUUUGGAUCGCCCAAGCUUUUCACAGAGCAGUAUCACACAAGACUUGAAGCUAGAUGAAUGCAAACCAAAUUUGGACAAGGAAUACCAAGCUAAAAUGGAUUUUGCUUUAAAGCUUGGGUAUGCAGGAGAUCAGAUCCAGGCUGUACUGAAUAAAUUGGGGGCGGAUGCACUCAUCAAUGAUGUUCUGGCAGAGCUUGUGAGACUUGGCAACAAAAGUGAAUCGGAAGGACAAAGCGGUGCCAGCAGUAGCACUGGUACUCUGGUGCCAAGAGGCCCUUGCCCAAAGGAAAUAGCAAGCCCUGAGUUGUCACUUGAAGAUGAAGUUGUGGAUAACAGUGAUAACUUGAGGCCAAUUGUCAUUGAUGGAAGCAACGUGGCUAUGAGCCAUGGGAAUAAAGAAGGAUUUUCCUGUCGGGGAAUUCAGCUGGCUGUUGAUUGGUUUCUGGAAAAAGGACACAAAGAUAUCACUGUGUUUGUACCUGCAUGGAGGAAAGAACAGUCUCGACCUGAUGCACCGAUUACAGAUCAAGAAAUCCUACGUAAAUUGGAGAAAGAAAAAAUCCUUGUGUUCACCCCCUCUCGAAGGGUUCAGGGAAGAAGAGUGGUUUGCUAUGACGACCGAUUCAUAGUGAAACUGGCUUUCGACUCGGAUGGCAUCAUCGUAUCCAAUGACAACUACCGGGAUCUUCAGAAUGAGAAACCAGAAUGGAAGAAGUUCAUAGAGGAGAGGCUGCUGAUGUAUUCUUUUGUGAAUGACAAGUUUAUGCCUCCUGAUGAUCCUUUAGGACGCCAUGGUCCAAGCCUUGAAAAUUUCCUAAGGAAAAGGCCAGUUAUUCCUGAACAUAAGAAACAACCGUGUCCUUAUGGUAAAAAGUGCACCUAUGGGCACAAAUGUAAAUAUUACCACCCCGAACGGGCAAACCAGCCUCAAAGGUCAGUAGCGGAUGAGCUUCGAAUAAGUGCCAAAUUAUCUGCUGUGAAAACUAUGAGUGAGGGAGCCUUGGCCAAAUGUGGCACAGGGCCGUCCAGCUCCAAAGGAGAAAUCAGUUCUGAAGUGAAACGCAUUGCCCCAAAACGCCAGUCAGAUCCAAGCAUUAGAUCAGUAGCUGUGGAGCCUGAGGAAAAGUUGUCAGUAGCCCGGAAGUCCGAGGCCAGCUCUGUCCCGUCGCUGGUUUCUGCACUAAGUGUACCAACGCUCCCUCCACCAAAAAGCCAUGCAGCUGGUGCAUUAAAUACGCGUUCUGCAAGCAGCCCGGUGCCAGGUUCCUCACAGUUCAUGCAUCAGAAAUCCUCACUGGAACAUAUGUCCAGUGUGCAAUAUCCUCCUAUACUAGUCACCAAUAGCCAUGGCACCUCAGUUAGCUAUACCGACCAGUAUCCCAAAUAUGAGUCCUUGGGGGACCAUGGCUAUUAUUCCUUACUCAGUGAUUUCUCCAACUUGAGCAUAAGUAGUAUCCGUAACACAGAUUAUUACGGGGCUGAUAUGGACCAGGGGAUGUAUUCUAGAAACUCAAGCCCCUGUCCUGACAGUUGCUUAAGCCAUACAAGUAAUGAUUCUUAUUCCUCUUACAAUGACUUGUAUCUGGGUGUAGCAGAUGCCAGUCCAGAAGACAAUGUGAAGAUCCACAGACUGCCAUCACAAAAUCGUCUUCAGCCUUUUUCCCAUGGUUACCAUGAAGCCUUAAAUAGAGUUCAGAGUUACGGAACUGAAGAGCCUAAGCAAUCCCUUCGCAAACAGUCAGUUUCCCACUUAGGGCUCCACGCCCAGCAUCCAGUUGUUGGAGCACGGUCCAGUUGUCCAGGAGAAUACCCUGUGCCUCAAAACGUUCAUCCAUCAACUGCCCAGCCAAGCCGUGCCUUGGUCAUGACGAGAAUGGACAGCAUUUCUGACUCACGGCUUUAUGAGAGUAACCCCACGAGGCAGAGGAGACCACCCCUCUGUCGAGAGCAGCAUGCUAGUUGGGAUCCACUGCCAUGCACAUCCGACUCCUACGCUUACCACUCGUACCCACUGAGUAACAACCUCAUGCAGCCGUGUUACGAGCCUGUCAUGGUAAGAAGCAUGCCCGAGAAGAUGGAGCAGCUCUGGAGGAACCCCUGGAUUGGGAUAUGUGGUGAGCCGCGGGAACCUCACAUCAUCCCAGAACAUCAGUAUCAAACCUACAAGAACCUCUGCAAUAUUUUCCCUCCAAGCAUCGUCCUUUCUGUGAUGGAGAAGAAUCCCCACAUGACAGAUGCACAACAGCUGGCAGCUAUGAUUGUUGCCAAGCUAAGAACAGGGCGUUAAAGCGGUUACAGCCUCCUCUGGGUAAACGGAACUACAGCAUAGAGGACCUGCAGGAGAACUCCAAUGAAGGAGGAAGGGGCCAAUCCCUUGUAAAUAUUUUCUACUAAGAUAGUGUGAAAUGCUGUACACAGUAGCAAUCAUAUAUAUGCUGAGGCACUAUCUAAGAGGUGAUUGUAUUGUAAAUUUCCAGAUUUUCAACCUAGGGAUUUUUAAUAGUAUUUUAUAGGAGAUGCAUACCUUGCUGCAUGGAUAGCUCAUUAAGAACUACAGCGUCACAUUCGGUGUUCCUAAACAACUGUUAGCAAUUAUAUUGCAUGUAUUAGUGUACACUUUUCAAUUUGCUUACAAUUACCUAUUUGGCCUUUUAAAGGUAUGCUCUAUACACACCCAGAUGACUUGUAGGGCUUCAGCUUUGUCGUUUGACACUGCCUACCGGCAUGGGAAUUAGUGAAGAAAAAGUAAACUUGACAAAAAUUCAAACACUCAAAUUUGUAAAAGGGAAAAAAAAAAACCCAAACCCAAACCCUGAUUUCAGCUUUCAAGUGUCAAUAUUGUUGCUGGUACUUGAAUUUCAAAACUGUUCCCCAGAAGUUUGAGUAUCUAUUGUCCAGUACCGUGGCUCGAGCCAACAGAAGCCAAAUACUUGAUUAAAUUGGGACCAAAACUUUAAGGAGUUUGAAGGCGUGAGUGCCGCUCAGUAAACUCAAAGAAGUUUAACUGUAGCUUCUCUCUUCAGAACUGCCUCUCAGCAGCUGCUGGCCCAAAUCUCUGGACAAGCUGAAAGUUAAUUGCCAGUUUUAUCCCAGCAUAUGGGAUUACUCAACCUGGAUUUUAACGUGGAAGUUCAUCAGUAAUUACAGCCCUUCCUCCGGGGGCGAGGCUGCCACCCGAGCCAGCCCAGUAUUCAGGCUGGCUGUGCAAGAUCCACUUGAGAAGAGGCUGCUUCCUGAAGAGAGUUGCUACAGCUGGGCUUCUUGGCAAAGCUGGCCUGGUUUUUGCUCUUCAGAUCCACGCAAAAGGUGUGCAUUUGCCUCAUGAAGGCUUCUAGAGUUCCUGUUUCAACAGGUGAGCUAAUUUUUGUGUGGCAUUGUUUGCGCAACCGGUACCUUGCUCAGGGUGGGAACCUUUGUAGCUAAAUGUCUCCAAAAGAGGCGUUUAUUGUUUUUUUUAAGCUGCACUGACUGGACGCCCUUUUUUGACUCCAUUGUAUAUUUCAGCAUUUCCAACCAUGACUAACUCGACAGGGCUCGAGCUAGGACUUGUUGACUUCUACUGUAGUUUUUUUCAUGAAAGUUGAGAAGGCCUGGUUUCUGGCCUUUUGUUUCUUCAUGAGAAGGUGUGACACUGCCUAAAUGUUUCUUACUGUGAAACACACGGAACGUGAGGCUGCAGUCAGGGUUGUUUCUGGUGUUUUGAUAAUGGCUUGCAUGCUGCUUUCUGGUUACCUUGUCUGUCUGAGGAACAGAGUUUCUAUCAUUUCCUCCACUUGUGUUACUGUAAUGGUUGGGUUGAUUCAAAAGAUCUCGUGGGCUCUUUAUCACGUGCAAAGUACUUUCCUGUCAUAUUGAAGUAAGGAAAACAAAUGAAAGAGAAAAGAAUCACCACCGAGGCACAAUUAGAGAGAUUUGAGACCUGUAUUAUUAUUCCACACAAGAUCAAUAUUCUUGUGCUGGUGCAGGUAACAUCCAUAAUGACCGUGUCAUUAUGGAUUUCAAAUCAGCUAACUCAAAGGUGAUUCUGUUUUUGCACCUGACGUUACAAAAAAUAACCUAAUGAGUUGGUUAUCAUCUCUGUUAAUGGAGAGGGGAAAAGAAACAAAGUAAUAUUCAGAUAUUUCAAACAGUUGGGGGAACCAAACUUAAUUCUUGACCUGUUUUUUCAAAACCAUUUCUCACUGACCAGCAUUUUCCAUUUUUUUUUCAUUUCCAAUUAAUUCUUCUCUUCUCUUGCAUGGUAUAUAAGCAGCUGAGAGCAAUGCCUCAAAUAACCAGAAAUGACCUUUUGUUUGUUGAUACAAAUUGUAUCUCUUUUUUCUUGAUUGUAUAAAACAUGUGUAUAAAAUACUACUACUACUACUACUACUACUAAUCUCUAGAUUAACUUCAGUACUAACAUUUUUUUUUCACCACAACAUUUGUGACACUGUGUGUCACAGGGAAGUAGCCCAUGAGUAAUUAUGGAUCUUUUAUUUCAAAUGGGCACUUGUAGUUUAUAGACAAACAAAGGACAACUUUUCAGAACAGGUUUCUUAUGUGCACAGAUGCUGUGUGUACACCUCAAGCAUUACCACGUGGUUAUCUUUAGUCUUAUUUAUUAAAGCAGAUACAUUCUUGCACUGAACUUUAUGUACAAAGUGUUGCUGUUGGCUCAUCUGCAUGUGUUGGAAAUGUACCCAAUGGGAUUGCUAGAGGCCUGGCUUCGUUCUUAAGGGAUCCAUUUAUCGAUUCUUUAGGUAUUAAAUGAAGUUUGUUGUGCACUCACCGCUUUUCCAUCUUGCAUGGAAUUAAAUAUUUGUGUGUAGAAAAA